GGUUCAACUCCAUACAUUACAUAAAAAAAAACAAUCACGUUAAAAAAAAUCCCUCCUUUUUUUUUUAUUUUCUUUUACAAACUUUCAUAAUUUGCCAAAAAAAAAUAAUGGCAAGUGAAAAUGAAAAUGAAAAUGAAAAUGAAAAUGAGGAAAAUAAUAGUAUUGUUGCAGUGCACUCAGUGUUAACCGUGGUAUCAAGUAUUCCAGUUAACCCAUCAGAUAAGACCUGCCCGUUGACCGUAGUUGACCGGGCAAUGGGGCAGCAUUCCCUCCACGUCAUCUUUUAUUUCCGGUCCGGUUCACUGGACUUUGACGGUAUUAGACCUGCUAUAAAUGAGGUUCUUUCUAUGUACCCUAAUGUCACGGGACGGUUAGCUAAGGACGAUGACAGUAAUUGGGUGAUUAAGUGCACUGAUGCUGGAAUGCGGGUGCAUCGUGCUAAGGUGGAGACUAGUGUUGAUGAGUGGCUCAGAUCUGCUUCUGCUGAUGAUGAGAGAUAUCUCUCUGUUUACCAAGAGUUACCUGAUGAUCCUAAAUAUUGGUCACCUUUUCGUAUGAAGGUAACUGACUUUGAAGGUGGUGGAACAGCCAUAUCAUUAAGUUGCCCUCAUAUGCUUGCUGAUCCUAUCAGUAUGACUCUACUCAUCAAGUCAUGGACUGAAGCUUACCACCAUGAUGUUGUUGUCCACCCCCCAUUCCUUCAUCCUCACGCUCUCAAUAUACCGCACACCUUCACCACUCCUCUUCCGAAUACUACCUCACCUUCUUACUAUCUUUCCAAGUCCAAAACAUCAUAUCCUAAUCCCAAAGUUAAAAUGGCAUCAGCAACCUUCGACUUCUCCAAUUUAGCAAUCAAACAAUUUCUUGUCAAAAACUGUUCUGUUCUUCCUGAUGCGACCCCAUUUGAUUUGUUAACCGCGCUCUUUUGGACAAGUAUUGCAAAACUCAAGGCUCAGACUGAUGACCUUAAACAGUCUAUCUCAAUCUGUAUGGACAUGAGGAAGCGUUUGCGCGCUGCCUUGCCAUAUGGUUACUUUGGCAAUGCCUUGCACUUCUCUCAGUUGACAGUAAAUGGUAACAAGAUCAGCAACAAAGGAGAUAUAGGACAGGUGGCUGAACUUGUGCACCGGCAUGUAGUAGGGCUCAAGGAUGAGGAGUUUUGGUCUGCUGUAGAUUGGCUCAACUCUAGGAAGGAUGAUCAGGGGAAGUUUCUUCCUCCUUUUAGGAUGUACGGUCCUGAGCUUACAUUCGUUAACAUGGAGAGCAUGAUUGCCCCCAUUGGGCUCAACAUGAAUGAAGCUCAGCCAUUGAUGUAUGGGGUGGAGUUCAUGAAAGAUCAGAAGCCUGUACAUGUGUCAUAUCACGUCGAAAAUGUGGAAGGUGAAGGGUUAAUUUUGGUAAUGCCUUCCCCUGAAGAAGAGCUAGCAAGGAGAGUGACAGUCACACUUCCUGAGGAAGAAAUUGAAAAGCUAUUGAAGGAUGAAGUUAUCCUAAGCUUAGACCCAAUUCUGUUACUCAGUGGAAGAAUACAAAUCUAGAUGCUCAGAUAUUCUUCUUCUUUAGUCAUGUUCAUCAUGUGUUGUGUAUGAACUACAAAACCAUGAAGAAAAUUCAAAGGGGAACUUCAGUCAAUGUUAUUCAUAUUCAUGUACUUAGUGUUAUUACAUGUUCCGUGUUACGACAUAUUUAUACUAGUCUUCUUUUGCACGCGAUGCGUGCGUGGAUUAUUUUGGCGAUUAUUAUCUUAAUGUACUUUCGAAGAAUGUAAUUUACAAUCAUCAUUAGUUCUAAUUAAAUAUCAUGUGGUGUAAAUACAAAAAUAUAAAAAUUACUUGAUGAAGAAGUUGUUUUUUUUGGUAUUUCUAUUACUUGUUAAUAAAUGUUGGUAUUGUCAUUGUGUUUUAAA